AUGAACGGCCCUCCUCCGUCUACCCGAGCCUUUCUCUCCGACCUCCCUUCUCUCCCGACAGGCUCCAAAGUUCGCUUUCUCGGCUGCGUGAGAACAUAUCACAUCCCUACAGGCCACCUAAUCCUAGAACAUGACUAUCCCCGCCGUAGAUUUUCCACCAACACAGGAACAGAAGCCGCCUCUGUGGCUGUCGAUGUCAACGCGGUUCUGGAAUCUGUGACGGCGGAGGAACUGCGUGUCGGGGCUUGGGUCAAUGUUGUGGGUUAUGUGAGGGGCUGGGGCUCGGACGGCGGUGAUCAUGAUGUCCUCCGCAAGCUGAGGAUGUCGAGUCCGGUGUAUGUGGAGGCUGUGAUGGUUUUCUCAGCAGGUAUGGUUGAGCUGGGCGAGUAUGAAAGGGUUCUGAGAGAAGCGUUGGAGGUCGAGCGGAGGAUUUUGAGGCCGGAUUGA